AUGCUGUGGCUCCCAGCUCGGGAGGAGCAGGAUCUCGGUGGCACCGGUGCUCCCAGAAGCCGGGAGCAGGCACAGGGAAGGGGCCGCGGAGGGGGAUCGGCCCCGCCGAGCUCCAGCAUCGCCGCAUCCCCUGCAGGUCCAGGCGCGCUCCCCCGCGGCACCGGGCCAAGGAAAACACCGGCAACCCGAUCCCUUCCCGCGGCACGGGGGCCGCUGUUUAUCCUGGAGCCGAAGCCGGGGGCCCCGAGCCGAGGGCCGAGCCCGAGCCCGGCGCUGCUGCCGAGGCGGGGGCUCAUUGCCGGGGUGCCGCCCGCAUGGCGCUGCUGCUGGGGGCCGUGCUGCUGGCGGCGGGCGCUGCCCUGGCCCCGGCCGUGCCCCCGGCCAUGCCCGCGCCCCGGGAGCUGGCGCGCUCCGUGCUGGAGACGCACGGGCAGGAGCUGCGGCUGCUGCGGCUGCUGGGAGUGGCCCGGACGAGCUUCGACUGGGGGACCCACUUCAGCAUCAACUUCACGGCCCGGCAGCCGCCCUGCCCCAAGCCCGCCCCGGACCCCCGCGGCUGCCGGGGCCGCCCGGGCAGGGUGCAGCGCUGCUCGGCCCAGGUGUCCGUGUUCACCUUCCUGCCCGACGUGCCGCUGUCGAUGGUGGAGUGCGGCCGGGAGCCGCAGCUCGGUGACAGCGCCCUGCCCCGUUCCCCUGGCACCAACCCAGGUCACUCGUCCUCCUCAUCCUCAUCAUCAUCCUCGGGGCCCCCCCUGCGGCCUCGGCCCCCUCCCAGUGCGUCCCUGCAGGGACCGUCCCGCCGCUCCCUGUCCCCAGCGGAGCUGCAAUAAAGAGAUUUCGGGGUCGGACGUGUGCGUGUGUGCGGGUGACGGUUCGGGGGACCCGGGGGCACCCUCGGCCUUGGGCAACAGCGAUGGAGCAACUUUGGGGUUGUGCAACCCCGCGGGCACCGACCUGACACGGACAACGUGUCACCACCCGAGGGGUCCUGGCCCCCAAACCCCCCGAGCCCAGCCAAGGGGCUCCCGAGGGUGGGGACCCCGAGGGGUUCAGAUGCCACCGCCCAUCACGGGGACCCCCCCGCCCCGCACAUCCCCCCGAAAGAACGGCCACUCUGCGGCUUGGGGCCGGGCGUUUCCCAAGGGGCAGCCCCGGGGCGGGUCCCCAACCUCCCGUGGGGGAUAA